GAAAGGACGACGACGUCGACGAGGCACGAGGAGGAGCCAGAGAGAGGGAGGCCCACAACAGAGAGAGAGACACAGGCAAGGAAGGAAGGAAGGCAGCCCUUCAAGGUUAAUCAUGGCUGGUUCCAGCCUUACUCGAUAUUUCUACUUUGGACACCAUGGGACCUUUCCAAGGAUGCAAGUCAGAUGCCAAAGAAAAGCCUUGAGUGUGUGGAUCAAGGCUAGUUCCUCCUGCAAUAUUACAAAGAAAAUAAUAAGGCCAAUGACGACAUCAAUGCUUAUGCCACCUGCCCUCAGUUCCUUGGCCAGGAGAAAUCUCCAUGCUACUCAGCCUCACCUCCAGGAAGUGAUGCUUACCAGUGAGCGAUAUGGGGUUCAGAGAUUGCCCUUUGCCCAUGUGUCUGAUGCUGACUUAGCCUUCUUUGAACGUCUUAUGCCUGGCAGAAUUGUCACAGAUGUAGAUGAACUGAAACCCUUUAAUGUGGAUUGGUUGAAGUCAGUGAGAGGCUGCAGUAAAGUGGUGCUGAAGCCACAGACAACGUUGGAAGUAUCUGAGAUACUCAGGUACUGCAGUGAGAGGAACCUAGCUGUGAAUCCCCAGGGGGGUAACACUGGCCUCGUUGGGGGCAGCGUCCCUGUCUUCGAUGAGAUUAUUCUCUCAACAGCUCUUUUGAAUCAGGUUAUCAGCUUCGACAAUGUUUCAGGGAUCUUGGUUUGUCAGGCUGGCUGCAUUUUAGAAAACCUCAACAAGUAUCUGGAGGAGUUGGACUUCAUCAUGCCACUUGACCUAGGAGCAAAGGGCAGUUGCCACAUUGGAGGAAAUGUAGCAACAAAUGCUGGUGGUUUGCGACUCCUGAGGUAUGGCUCUCUCCGGGGGACAGUACUAGGACUAGAAGUGGUGCUGGCAGAUGGUUCCCUUCUGAAUUGUUUGACAUCUUUGCGGAAAGACAAUACUGGCUAUGACUUGAAACAGCUUUUCAUUGGAUCAGAGGGCACAUUGGGGAUCAUUACUGCUGUGUCUAUCCUCUGCCCAAGGAAACCCAAGGCUGUGAAUCUUGCAUUUCUUGGUUGUUCAGGUUUCUCUCAGGUCCUGCAGACCUUUACCACCUGCAAGGGUAUGCUAGGUGAGAUCCUGUCUGCCUAUGAAUUCAUGGAUAGUGAAUGUAUGAAGCUAGUGGAGAGACACCUGAAAUUGGCCAACCCAGUCACAGAAAGCCCUUUCUAUGUUUUAAUUGAGACUUCAGGCUCCAAUUCAGCCCAUGAUGAAGAAAAACUGAGCCACUUCCUGGAACAAGUCAUGGCUUCUGAUUUAGUCAUAGAGGGAACUCUGGCUUCUGAUGAUAAAAAGAUAAAGGCACUUUGGGCUUUACGGGAACGGAUCACAGAGGCCCUGACAUGUGAUGGAUUUGUUUACAAAUAUGACAUUUCACUCCCUGUGGAAAGACUCUAUGAUCUUGUGACUGACAUGCAGAGACGGCUGGGCAGAAGUGCCAAGAAUGUGGUGGGCUAUGGCCAUCUAGGAGAUGGAAAUUUGCAUCUGAACAUCACAGCAGAGACUUACAGUCAUUCUCUCCUAGAUGCCAUUGAACCAUAUGUGUAUGAAUGGACUUCCAGGUAUCGUGGAAGUAUCAGUGCUGAACAUGGCCUGGGGUUCAAGAAGAAGCAUUAUAUCCAUUACAGUAAGCCUCAGGAGGCUGUCCUUCUCAUGCAGCAGUUUAAGGCCAUGCUGGAUCCCAAAGGAAUUCUAAACCCGUACAAGAUGUUACCAGCCAAAACCACUUGAUUUUAUCUCUGCCUGAGGAUAGAAACAUCUGAAGCUUCCCAUGUGGAGAUUGUCUAGCUUAUAUAUAGGUUUAUAGGUUAUAACUGUCUAUAAACAAAUUGUGAAACCACAUUUAGAAAUGGAGAUAUGGAUUUCCACUCCCUCGAGUUAAGAAAAUUGAAUUCUCUUCUUAUUGUCUAUCACCUGCUCUAAAUUGCUGGGAAAGGAAAGAGAAUUUGUAGCCUUAGUCAGUCAAUUUUCUUAGUGUUUUUCCUUCAAGGGGUCAGAUCGGUCAGGUGGGGAAUCUGUGGUCCUCCAGAUGUUUUAAUGCAUUUGGUCCACUAAAUGCUACAGUCAAGAAUGGUGUGAGUUGUAGUGUUGUGAUGUUCAUCACCCCUGCUACAGGACUGGAAGUUGAUAGACUGAUCCAAAAAUGUGUGUGUGUGAUAGCAAAUAUUUACUGAAGUUACAAUAGCUUCUGCCUUUUUUCAUGACCUCACAUAUCCAAAAAUCCAGCCAGUGCCCAAUAGUAUUGUUCAAGUUUCUUGAAAAAGGGAAAUGACUGUUUAUUCUAUGCUUUGAACUGAUGAAAGAAAAUAAAACAUCUAAGCAAAAUAUUAUGCAUGAGAAAAAUAUGAACAUAACCUGCAUUGUUACACAUUGUCCAUACCUAGUUUCUGCCUCAUGCUUUCCAGGAAAUGCCAUUAGAAAAUAAAAUCUCAUUUCCAUUACACCAGAGGUGGACAAAAUGCUGGCCACAUGCAGCUUCUCCUAGCAAUUUUUGUGACCUCCUGGGAUCUCCCAGAGGUCAAACCUUUUGCCCCCAAAUGCCCUCUGAGGGCAUAUGGUACACAGUGCUUUAAAGCAAUCCUGUGUUGUUUUUUUAAAAUGGUAAGUGGCUAAGAUUGGUCUGGUUUCUGUGUCAUCAAAGGGUGUUUCUGGAGUUCUUCUAUUUGGAGUUUAAUAAACUUUUGAAAUAUUUCUUUAAAACAAA